AUGCGCCUUAAUGUGCACGUUCUUCACCUCUCCCUUCUGAAUGCGCUUUAUCAGGUGUGUGAUGUAUCCAGCCACGCAGUUUCUUGUCUUCUUGUUCUGGGUGACUGUCACGUCCUUCACCAGUGCCAGAUUGUUCUCGAAGUCUACGCUGCAUCUGCUGAAAUAUUUCUCUACAACGCUCUUUGCUGCGUUCUUGAUGGCUCUUCCUCUAAUCUUUCCCAUGAAUGGGAUAAAAUUUUACUAAAAUUCUCUGAUUAUUUACUAAAAUCCACUGUACCUAUUGUGUGUGAUAUAGUUCUCAGCCUUUGCUAUCUCCUGUCUCACAUCCACUCCCAUGGUCUCUGCUAUUCUGUACCACCACAAUGCCUGUAG